AUGAGUAACUCGAGAAAUAUUGUAACUGAAAACUCUGACACUACAUCUAAUAUUACCAGCAGUAAUAUUACUGGCCUUCCAGUCUUUUUAACAUUUCUUUAUUUCUUCACUUUCUUAUUCAUAUUCCCUGUGUCUAAGUUUAUAUAUAAAUUUGUGAACAUUAACAAGUCUUUCAAGAAGGAAUCUACAGCUAGAUUAAACGCGACUGCUCCUAUAACCCCAAAUACUACUACCAUCACUUCUAAUUCAUCAGAAACUGCUACAUCUCCUGUUGAAGGAGAAUCAGAUGCUCUUCCUACUACGUUUGUUGAACAAUUACCUUCUUUAGAACCAGCCACUAGUACAUCUUAUGAUUAUGAACAUUUUUUUAAAUUAUUCAUAUUAUCAAUUCUUUUAUUGAUUCCUUCCUUAUCAUACAACCUUUCCUUAUCUAUUUCUCCAGCUUUUGAUACUGCUAUUAUUCAAAACGUUUCUAUUUUUGAAAUUACCUUCUUCCUGAUUGGAUUAUUUGGCCAAGGUACUAAGAAAAAUAUUUUCCGUAACUAUGUAAUUUCAAUGAUCACCUUACUUGGUGUUUUACUGAUUUCUUAUUCGAAGGCUACUUCCGAUUUGUUGGCUGGUAAAUUGGUUUUAAAUAAAGAAACUGGUGAAUUAAACGAUCCAUUCUUGUUCGAUAGAUUAAAAGGUGCUUUAAUUUGUGGCCUUGGGGCUUUACCAAUAGGGUUAUUCUAUGUACUCUGGAACAAAUGGUUUAAUAACUCCAAGAAAAACAUUUGCACGUUAGAAGAGCAAUCAAAACAUAUCACUAUAAUUGGUUUAAUCAAUUCAAUUAUUUUGUUGCCAUUUAUUUGUAAUUUAUCCUAUAAAAAUAAUAUCAACUUAUUAUUCAAAGAAAAGUACUCUUUUUGGCUUCCUAUUCUAGUAAUAAUUUUAGCAGGUAUAAUACCACAUAUUUUAUCUUUAUUCUAUUUGAUCGGAAAUUUAACCCCAGAAUAUUCUAUUACUACUAAUCAAGGUACUAUCAUUUUAAUGGGUGUUUCCGAAUGGCUAUGUGAACCAAAUCAAACAACUAUCAUUAGAUCCGAAAUUUUGGGUUACUUAGCAUUAACAACCGGCUGUAUUUUGUUAUCUUCAACUUUUAAAACUAAGAAGAAAUUCUAG